AUGGAAAAGGAUCAGCGCAUUGUCAUCGUUGGAGCUGGCACUUUUGGUCUUGGUACAGCCUUGAGACUAAAGGAAGAGGGCUACAAGUCUGUCACCAUUCUCGACCGAUCAGUCCCUCCGGUUCCAGAUGGAUCAAGCAAUGAUAUCUCGCGCAUUAUCCGCUUCGACUAUGGGGAUCCAAUCUACGCCGAGAUUGCGAAAGAAGCAUUUGACCUAUGGAAGACCCCUGAUUAUAAGGAAGCAUUUCACCAAGCACCCUGUAUGUGGGUCUGUCAAGAUGGCACGCCAGAGCAACCAGUACAGCCUCGAGCCCACGAGUACAGCGAGAAGACCAAAAGAGUCUUGACUGAGAUGGGCCAGGAGUGGGUUCCUGUCAACAGCGUGGAGGAGGCCAAGCAGCAUUUCCCAAAGUUGACGGGCCGGCUUGCGACAACCGGGUUUGAUGGGUUUUAUAACACUUCUGCUGGGUGGGCAGAUGCAGGCCUUGCAUGUGCCCGUCUAAUGUCCCGUUGUGCCUCCGCUGGUGUCUCCUUCAUCACGGGACCGAACGGCCAUGUGGAAGAGUUCGAGAAGCAUCAGGAUGGAAGCAUUAAAUCCGUUCGCACCAAGAGUGGGCGGGUGGAAGGGGAUCACUUUAUUAUUUCCACUGGUGCGUGGACUGCGAGCCUCAUUCCCUCAUGGAACUCAAUGCUCGCUGCUGGGCAGGUUGUAGGAUACCUGCGUCUCACCCCCGAAGAAGUUACUGAGCUCAGGGAUGUUCCCAUUUACUUCAAUUUCUCCACCGGCUUCUUCGCUUUCCCACCGCAUGAGCCCACUGGGUAUCUCAAAGUCGCCUGCCAUGGGUUCGGUUACACUCGUUCCGAUACUUCGGUCACUUCUGCGCCGCCCAGCUCUGCUUUAGCACCCAGAGGGUUUGAGAAAGUCGGUAUCUGUUGGUACAAUGACACCCCGACCGGGGAUUUCAUUUUUGACUAUCACCCGGAACAUAAUAAUUUGUUUAUUGCCACAGGAGGAAGCGGACAUGGGUUCAAGUUUUUACCAGUCAUAGGCAAGUACAUCGUGGGAAGUUGGCAGCGAAAGCUGUCCGGCGAGUUGUUGUCAAAGUGGAAGUUCCCUACGCAAUUCCGCGAGCGCUUCCAGGGAGAGGUUUUCACGGGAGACGGCAGCCGCGGAGGACCCGAACGAAGGGAGUUGACGGCACACGAGAUAGACACGUUCGGCGCGGCUUUAAAAGCUGCUUCCUCUCGUCACAGCAAGAUUUGA